CCACCGACCGUUGGCCGCCGGGCCGAAGUCCCUCCCUCAGGACCUCCCCACCCCUCGGAACCGUUCUGGCGGCGGCGACCCAUGUGGGGGUUCAGGCUCCUGCGGUCGCCGCCGCUGUUGCUCCUGCUGCCGCAGCUCGGAAUCGGCGCCGCCGCGUCCCGCUCUCAGGCCGCAGCCAUGAACCUGGGCGGCAGCAGCGGUGCGCGAUGCGCCGCCUCGGCCGAGGGGCGCCGGCCGCCGUGCCUGCAGCUGCCCACGGUGCCGGGAGCCGACCCGCAGCGCAGCAACGAGUUGCUCCUGCUGGCGGCGGCGGCGGCGGCGGGGGAGGGACCGGAGCGGCGGGAGGAGCGGCAGCCGCCGCCCCAGCAUCACGUUCUCUAUUUCCCCGGGGAUGUGCAGAAUUACCAUGAAAUUAUGACUCAUCAUCCUGAGAAUUAUCAGUGGGAAAACUGGAGUCUAGAAAACGUUGCCACCAUUUUAGCCCACCGAUUCCCCAAUAGUUAUAUUUGGGUGAUAAAGUGUUCCCGAAUGCAUUUGCACAAAUUCAGCUGCUAUGACAAUUUUGUGAAAAGCAAUAUGUUUGGUGCUCCAGAACACAAUACUGACUUUGGAGCUUUUAAGCACCUUUAUGCAUUAUUAGUUAAUGCUUUUAACUUAAGUCAGAACACUUUGCUAUCAAAGAAGAAUGUGAAAGAUUUGAAUAAGGACUCCAAAGCAUCUAAUUGUAGAUCCAGUUCUUCUCAUACUACUAAUGGUUGCCAGGGAGAAAAAGAGAGGACCUGUGAAAAAUUUGAUGAGUCUGCCUUGAAUUUUUAUCCACCAUCACUAAAUGGUGCAUCUUUUACUUUGAUUGGAUUCAGUAAAGGUUGUGUUGUUUUGAAUCAGUUGCUUUUUGAAUUGAAAGAAGCCAAGAAAGACAAGAACAUAGAUGCUUUUAUCAAAAGCAUAAGAACAAUGUACUGGCUGGAUGGUGGUCAUUCUGGAGGAAGCAAUACUUGGAUUACUUAUCCAGAAGUCUUGAAAGAAUUUGCACAAACAGGGAUUAUUGUUCACACCCAUGUAACACCUUACCAAGUACGUGAUUCAAUGAGAUCUUGGAUUGGAAAGGAGCACAAGAAAUUUGUUCAGAUACUUGGAGAUUUUGGUAUGCAGGUAACUAGCCAAAUUCAUUUUGCAAAGGAAGCUCCUUCCAUAGAGAAUCACUUCAGGGUUCAUGAAGUAUUUUGAAACUACAAGAAUAUUAAUGUACUUGUUGGAAGAGCAUAAGCACUUUGAGUGUUAUAAAUUCAGAUA